GGGUCCGCGCGCCUGAUCGCGCGCGCCACGGCGGAGGAGAAGCGUCUGCGCGCGCAGGCGGAGAAGGCCACGGCGCAGCUGGGCGCGCUGAGCGCGGAGCUGCAGCAGGAGCGCGCGCGCGGGGAGCGCGUGGACGCGCACGCGCAGCUGCUGGCGCAGGAGCUGCAGCAGGCCAACGUGCGCCUGCAGGAGCUGGAGGGCAAGCUCAAGGAGCAGACGGCCAUCGCGCACCAGAUGAAGGAGGCCGUGCGCCUCAACCAGACGCAGAUCCACAACAUGAUCAUCGAGCGGUGCAGCGAGCGCCUGCGGGAGCAGAACUGGACGUUCCGCAACCUGCUGGAGGAGUCGGAGGCGCGCAAGCGGGCGGUGGAGCUGUUCGACCGCGGGGUGCAGACGACCGGAGGCGGGGGCGGGGGCGGGGCCAAGGGCGCAGACCACCACGACGGCACCGCCACCCGCCCCAGCCCCGGAAUGGGCUCCGCCUCCGACUCGCUCGUCAGCGACUCGGAAGCGGUGCGCAGCGACGGGGGCGACGGGCCCGAGGACACGCCCCCGUCCGACGAAGACGACGACGAAGAAGAAGACGACAACGAGGACGACGACGUGACCUACGAAAACGACGGAGACUGCGGCGAGGACGACGAAACGCCACCGGGCGGGCCGCGCGGAGGAGCGGGCGGAGGCGCUCGAGAUGGCCCCGAUCAACGGAAGGCCACCGAAGCAGAGGCGGCGGUGCCCGGGGGCUGGCCGGCGUCGGCGGGGGCCAGCCGGAGCGCCCCGGGCAGCCGCGAGGAGCGCGAGCGCGGCCGGCGCCGGCGCAGCGGCUCCGCCAGCGACCCGAGCGUGAAGCGCGGGCCGCGGCACACGACGGCCGAGUCCAGCAGCGACACGGAGGCCGACAGCGCGACGCUGCGGGCGCCGGAGGCGGAGGCGGAGGUCGGGGCGGGGCCGGAGGAGGCGGUGACCGUGUGGGAGCGCGUGCCGCGGCCCGUGCCCUCUGGAGACACCGAGGUGUCCUUCGACCUCGACGACAGCGGCGGCGGUGGCGGUGGCGGCGGCGGCGCCCCCUCGGGUCCGUGA